AGGCGUGAGUGAAAGGUGUAACUGCGUUUGAGAUACGACGAAGAGUUUCUAAAAGAGCAGCGCGAGCACACCUUCACUGGUAUUUGGAAGUCUGCUUUGUUUGCAGAUAACCAGGACGGAAAACAUGUCGUCUACUAACUGGACUGAGAAUGUCAACAACACUGAAAUAAUCGACUCAGAGUUCCGUUACACUCUCUUUCCCAUUUUCUAUGGUGUGGUCUUCGUCUUGGGGUUGCUAGCCAACUGCUAUGCUCUCUAUGUGCUUCACCGUAUGCGGGAGUCUAAAGCCAUGAAUGAGAUUCGAAUCUACAUGACCAACCUGACUGUCGCAGACCUGCUGUUUGUGUCCGCUCUACCGUUCUGGAUUGACUACUACACGCAUAAAGGUCACUGGAGGUCCACAGAAGCCUUCUGUCGUAUCACAGGCACGUUUUUCUUCAUUAACACCUACGGCUCUAUUCUGUUCCUCACUGUCAUCAGCAUUAACCGUUACUGGGCUGUUACCAAGCCCCUAAAGGCAGCCUCUUCUGACUGCUGGAAACGUGGAGCAAUCAUCUCAGUGCUCAUUUGGGCUUUCAUCCUUUCAGCAUCGAUUCCUCAACUUACUAAAGAGGGAAUUCAGAAGGAAGUCAGAAUGAACAGGUCCAUGCAACGCUGUUUUGAGGGUUACCACUACACAGAUAAAAAUACAAAAAACGUAUUGGUCAUCACUCACUUCAGCAUUAUUGGCUUGUUCUUUCUUGUUUUCUUGAUGGUGAUUAUCUGCAACAUCUCCAUCGCUCGAGCUCUUCUGUCCCAACCCAUCAGUCAGCCUCGAGCCAGUACAGGACGACGUCCUGGCGGGACCAAACGCAGAGCUUUGAGGAUGUUGUGUGCAGUCAUAGGCGUCUUUGUGAUCUGUUUCCUGCCCCAUCAUGUGGUGCAAGGUCCCUGGGUUUUGUCCGUGCUGCACCUGAAGUAUUGGUCCACAUGGACUCACCAAACCUUAAACGAUGCUCACCAGAUCACCCUCAUGCUUAUGGGGAUCAACUGUCUCCUAGACCCGCUGGUGUAUUGCUUCGCUACCACAAAGUUUCGCAAGUACAUUGAAAAUCAUUUCACAAAGAUGAAGAAUAGGAAAAACUGCUCCCGUUACACGUUAAGCACAGGUAUCUCACUUAAGAGUAGACAUCAGAGCAUUGUCAAUGCUGUAGAAGAAGAGAAAGCAUAGCUGGAAUUACCAAAGACUAAAGAAUACACAAGACAUGUCACUCUUAUCUUUUUGAAUGGGGAAAAUUGCCGUCAAUGUGGCGAAUAAAGGCUGGCUUCUAGUACAGGAGCCAAUCAUCGAUCACUAUAUGGCGAAUAAAGCCCGCCUUCUAGUGCAGGAGCCAAUUAUUGAUCGCUGUAGACCGACGAGUUUCCAGGGGAGAGGCUCGAACCAGAUGCGAGUUUCUGCAGAUUUUGUGUGAUUUGGACUAGGCAUGGGACUAUUGAACUUGAACUGUUUUCAAGGUAUACCGCAGUUUGGAAAAGUCAAGGUUUUAAAACCAGCUAAAUUUUCUGUAAUACGAUUCCUAAGGUAUGUGUAAGAUUUACACUUUUAACAGUAUCUCCAGCUAAAAACAAAUCCAAAGAUGCCGUUUUAAAUUAUAAAGAAACCUGUGUUUUUGAAACAAACGAAGACAGCAGAAGUUAAUGAUUCAUUUGAAUAAUUUAGCCUGACAUGUUUACUGCUCCAAGAUAUUUAAAAUAUUAAAAAAAAAAGUAUAUUGUGUUCAAAAGAGAGGAAAAGCUUUUUUUAACCUAAACAUUAAAAAAGAAUAUAUUUUAGAGCAGUGAUGACAAUACCAUGCUACCGUGAUAUUUUUAUCCAAGGUUAUCAUACCGUCACAAUCUUAUACCAGCCCAUGCCUAAUUUGGACAUUUGGACAAAUAAAAACUAAAGAGACAGUUUUUUAAUUUUACUGGUGAUGCCUAAUAUGAAAUUCAAUUGUAAGCUUGGCAAGUAGUUUUGGAGAAUUUGAUGUUUCCCCAUUCAAACAGAAUGCUCGAGCAUACUGCCUGAGAGGCGUUUCAGAGAUGGCUGCAGAGUGAAAUGACUUGCCUUAAAGGGACUUUGGAAAUACUUCGUAAGAAUCCUGUUCAGACUGUUUGUGGAUUCAGUGGAAUUUCAUUUCACUCCAUUUUUUUGGAUUCUUUUAAGAGAUUUGCUCCACUGACAAAACAUAAAAACUGGGUGAAUGAUUACAGAAUUAUAGUUGUAUUCUAGUUCACCCAAAAGUGGAAGUCAUCCCAUAAUUUACUCACGUCACCCUAAUUGCCUUACUUAUUUAAAAAGAAUGAAAUGAAGUUAUAGUAAUAUCCUGACGUUUCCCAGCUUUGCUUAAAAAUGGGCAUCCAAACAUCAUAAAAACUGUGAAAAUGACUCUUGUGGGUUUUUUGAAUGUCCUCCACAGGGUAUAUACAGAAAUCAGAGAUUUGAAAAUUCCAUACCUUUGAAGAGCUUUUUAAAGACUCUUCAUACAUUUUAAGACCUCAUCACCACUUUAGGUUUCAACCAGUAACAUUGGCCACCUUUUAAUUUACAGCAUAAUUACUAAAUACUGACUAAGAAACUAAUACUACAUUAAAACGUUAUUCAUAUACUGAAUAAAAAAAGCAAAUCCAGAAGGUGGCAUCUAUAGAACAGCAGGGAUUACGGCGUUGCCUUGCUUAGUGCAGUAAACAAAGCAGUGUGAUGUCAAAUCAAGCAGGAUUUGAUCGAUUUCAUAAGCUACACAGCAUUCCAAUACUCCCACAUUAAAUUUAGACAAGCUUUAGCAUGAUGAUGCAAAAUUUAAUACCUUGUAAAAUAAGACUUUUAAAUACUUUUUAAGGGCCUUAAACUUCUCUAAAUUGCCUUAUCAACUUUUAAUACUUUUCAAGACCCCGCGAACACCCUGCUCUAAAGCUGUAUUUAAAUCUAUACAAACCAUUGUCAAUGUAUUCUAGCAACUGCCAAUCACAAGAGUCGAGUUAUGAUGUAUGAUGUCUCAACAACUCCUUUAAACGUCUGAUAAUUUCAAGCAUAAUUAUUCAAGAUGCUACAUUAUUUAUAUAAUGAACGAUCAAACUCUUACCACAGUUGAUUCUGAUACUUGACCCAAAAAUGAAAGUGUUUCAUCAUUUACUGUCUAACAUCAUUUCAAUGACAUUACAAACUUGUAUGACAAUAUUACUAACAUAAAUGAGAUUCAGAGUGUCUUUUUGUACAUAAAAACAUAGAUGGGUAAAUGAUUACAGAAUUAUUAUUGUACUGUAGUUCACCCAAAAGUGAAAGUCAUCCCAUGAUUUACUCACUCUAUGUCACUCUACUUAUUUACUUAUUUCAGAAGAAUGCAAAUGAAGUUAUAAAAAACUGUGAAAAUGGCUCUUGUGGGUUUUUUGAAUGUCCUCCACAGGGUAUAUACAGAAAUCAGAGAGUAAAAUUCCAUACCUUUUAAGAGCUUUUUAAAGACUCUUCAUACUUUUUAAGGUCUCAUCACCACUUUAGGUUUCAACCGGUAACAUUGGCCACAUUUUAAUUUACAGCAUAUUUACUAAAUACUGACUAAGAAACUAAUCCUACAUUAAAAUGUUAUUCAUAUACUGAAUAAAAAAGCGAAUCCAGCAGGUGGCACCUAUAGAACAGCAGGAAUUACGGCAGUGCAGUAAACAAAGCAGUGUGAUGUCAAAUCUAGCAGGAUUUGAUCGAUUUCAUAAGCUACACAGCAUUCCAAUACUCCCAGAUUAAAUUU